UCUGCCACACGGAUUUGUUCAUUCCCAUUUUUCCUCUCCAAACCUCAAGUCUAUUUCUCCAAGACACUGGAAAUGUUCUUUAGCAGGACCCUACGACUGUCUAAUGUUGGACUUGUCGAAUUACUCACAAAAGACUUCAUAAAGAGUAGCGCAGUUCAUCCGAAAAACAGAGCCUCGAGGACGUCGUUCGGUGUAUCACGGAUUCACGUCGCCAGUUGCGAGUUUAUCGCACCUACAGCCGUAGAUCCAAAUAUGAAAAACAGAGAUCUGUUCUCUGGACUGGAGGACAUGCUUUUCUACACAAUAACUGAAGGAGAGGAGAAAGUUCCUGUGUCUCAUUUCAUUUCUGCUUUGAGAAGCACUGGGCUUCUGACCUCUGACCCUAGACUGCACGAGUGCAUGGAGAAGAUUCGUCAAGCCGUCCGGGAAUCGGACAGUGAAGUCAUGAUGGAUCGCAAGCUGUUCCAAAAGUGUGCUGGUGGCAACAUUGUUCUACUGAGUCUCGCUUUCAGGCGGAAGUUUAUCAUUCCUGAAUUUGAAGCAUUUGCGAGAAUCAUCGACCAAAUUUACCUAAGAUCAAAGCAGCAAAACAAAGGGCAGGUUGCAAAAUACAUUCCUCAUCUUACCAAGUUUAGUCCUGAUCUUUGGGCCGUCUCUCUCUGCACAGUGGAUGGUCAAAGGCACUCAGUUGGAGACACAAAGGUGCCGUUUUGCUUGCAGUCGUGUGUGAAGCCGCUGGAAUACGCCAUCGCCGUGCACGAACACGGUACGGAACAGGUGCACCGUUAUGUGGGAAAGGAGCCGAGCGGAUUCACAUUCAACAAACUGUCUCUGGGCGAGGACGAUAAACCUCACAACCCCAUGGUCAAUGCUGGAGCGAUUGUCAUCAGUUCACUUAUUAAGCCUGGUGCCAACAAGGCGGAGAAGUUUGACUAUGUGAUGGAAUUUGUGAAGAAAAUGACGGGCAACGAGUAUGUGGGUUUCAGUAACGCAACGUUCCAGUCGGAGAAGGAAACAGGAGACAGAAACUUUGCCAUAGGAUACUACCUAAAAGAAAAAAAGUGUUUUCCUACUGGAGCUGAAAUGAUAGAUGCGCUGGACUUUUACUUCCAGCUGUGCUCCAUAGAAGUCACCUGCGAGUCUGGCAGUGUGAUGGCGGCUACACUGGCUAACGGAGGCAUCUGUCCGAUCACAGGAAUGAGGGUUUUGAGCGCGGAGGCCGUACGGAACACGCUCAGUAUGAUGCACUCCUGCGGGAUGUACGACUACUCGGGACAGUUUGCUUUCCAUGUGGGGUUACCUGCUAAGUCAGGUGUGUCCGGUGCCGUGCUGCUGGUGGUGCCGAAUGUGAUGGGUGUCAUGUGUUGGUCGCCCCCUCUGGACAAAGUCGGAAACAGCGUCCGUGGAAUCAGCUUUUGCCAGGAACUGGUGUCUUUGUUCAACUUCCACAAUUAUGACAAUCUACGGCACUUUGUAAAGAAGCAGGACCCUCGUAGACAGUUUGGGGAUGACAGGAAUAAGUCUGUGGUGAAUCUGAUGUUUGCAGCCCACAGUGGCGACGUCUCUGCCCUAAGGAGGUUUGCUCUCUCAUCCAUGAAUAUGGAGCUGAAGGACUAUGACUCUCGUACGCCUCUCCAUGUAGCUGCUGCAGAGGGUCACAUGGAUGUUGUGGUAUUUCUGACACAGGUCUGCAGUGUCAACCCUUUUGUAAAAGACCGGUGGGGAAACAUACCUCGGGAUGACGCCAUGCAGUUCGGACACACAGAAGUGGUGAAAAUCUUGCAGGAAUAUGAACAUAACUGCUGUCAACUAACCUUGAAGACUGACGCAGACAACCUCAGCUGCCAAUCCAAGUUAUCUUCUCUGGAGGGAAGAGUUUAAAGAAUUAAAAACAGACCCAUAGGACUGAAGAUCAAGCCUCUUAUAUGUACGUAGAGGCUCACUGUUUUUUAUUUUGAUGUAAAUAUGAAAUGUUUGUACAAAUGGUUAUACAGUAUAACAAGAAUGUACAGUAUUUUGUGACUAAUAAACAAAACUAACCAUGCCACCAUUCCUCAGCAACAUACAGUAUAUCUUAAUUUAUAUAUAUAUAUAUAUAUAUAUAUAUAUAUAUAGGAGGAUACACAGUAUGUGUGUGUGUGUAUGUGUGUGUAAAUAAUGAGAUAAAAAUACAUUCAGAAACUAUGAAAGAAAAUGUAUAUGAAAAUACUAUAAUAACUCAGACCUUUAUGGACUGGGACCACUUUUAAAAAGGCAUUUCAUUGCAAGCUGUAAUUCUCUUCUGUGCACACUAUGAGGCAGCAAAUGGUAGAAAGGUGGGAGAAAGGUGCUCUCAGGUUGUGGUAGGGUGCUCAGCUGAUAUGAUAUCAGCUGAAACUGAUAUGGUUAGGAUUAGUGUGGGCGUGUGUUGGCACAGCUGCUGCCUACAAUGGGCACCUGUGUACAAUUGGCCAAUACUUUUCAAUAGGUCACACUUUCAUUUCAUGGGCUAUAUCAGGGAUAGUAAACAGUCAGCAGAUGUCAUCUUCCAUUACAUAAACCCAGACGGGUUUACUCAUUAUCCCGCUUUUACCAUCCAAAUAAAUAAAUGGUCAUCAAAUAUUGAUUGAGCUUACAUUUAGAGUGAUUUUCUUUCAUUUUUCAGAAGAUCAUUCUGAUUGAAAUGUUGCCGUGGUUUUUAAAUUAAUAAAAGGGAAUAAUUAAACAGUGUGCGUAUCCUCUUUAGUUUUAUUUCAAUGCUUUUUGCCUUGAUCCAGCACCUGUUGUAGGAGUGUUGGAUGUGCAUGCAUUCCCCCUCCCCCUUCAUGAAAUAUUUACAUUUACAUUUAUGCAUUUGGCAGAUGCAAGAGCCAGAGCCCUUAUUACAGGGACAAUCCCCCCGGAGCAACCUGGAGUUAAGUGCCUUGCUCAAGGACACAAUGGUGGUGGCUGUGGGGAUCGAACCAGCAACCUUC